UCAUUAUCAGCCAUAUGUGAUUUUUUCAUUUAUAUGUGCUGUUAAGGGAAACUUUUGCGAAAUAGAUUCAGUUUUGAAUGUGAUUUCGAUAAUCGUGGAUUUGCAUUCCUCUAUAUUUGCGAGUGCUACAAGAGUGCAAACAUGUAAGUGAAUUGUGGUAGGAAGUGGAGACAAGAUCAUGAAGGAGCGAGUGAACUUCAAAAUGGAGGAAGUACCAGAGGAGCCAAAGCUAUCGAAAGUUAGUGCCAAAGAUUUGUCUUUACUGAGUAGUGAAAAUCCCUUGGAUGAGGACAGUCCAGUGUCUGAACUAAGAAGAGAUACGUUCGAUGACAGAAAGUGGAGGUUAUCAUAUUUGAAGACACAGUUCAAGUCAUAUGAACUACAAAACUCCUUCAAAAAAUACACAAGGAAAAUAAAUCACGGAUACUUCUCAGUAUUUUUGAUACUGUUUCUUAUUGUUUGUACUAUUCAUGCAGCAGUAUUAUUUUUUUCUACGUGCUCCAAGAAGGUAAGACAACUACAAGAUGUGUAUGUGUAUCACUACUAUAAUUUAUAAUUCCGUGUUAACCUAGCCAUUGAGUAAAACCACAUAUAUAGAUGGAAAAAUUUACUAACGUUUCGGUCACUGAGGCUAGUAAAUUCGUCAGUGAGACAAUCACAGGGUGGGCUUCGUAUGUUACAUUACCUAUGAUACAUAUAUGACUUUAGUCAUGGAAUUGAGCUAUUGUAGAUCGGUGCAUGAUGGAUGAUAUUACAUGGUAGCAAAGUAAGUUAAAUAAUACCUGCUUUUUAUUUGUGAAGCAUGAGACUUUCACUAAGUGAGAACUUCAAAGCCUAAACAAAUAUUGUUCUGUGAAACGCAUAACACUGUCUGAUAUUAAUAAAAUUGCAUUUCCCGAAGUCCUCUAAUCCUUCUGUAUUUUAGCGAAUAUCUAAUCUAUUUCAGGAAUAUAUCUCCUCAGUUCUACCUGAUCUCAUUAUAUACGUAUGCUGUGCACUGCUCUGUCUGAUAGGCUUAUUCGUCGUUGACAGAAUUGCAAAAAAGUAUGGCAACCUGCAUCGAAUGUCCUUGUUCGCUCUUUUCGUAGUAUUUUCCAUGAAUAUCUUCGUGCCCUGGUACCAUAAAGAAUUCAAGAAGGACCUUACAUGGGUGAGACCGGUCUACACCUGUAUUUUGACCAUAUCUUGCUACGUAUUUUUUGAUAUCUUCAGUACCCUCAAAGCACUAUGUAUGGGUUUGGCUGUGACUAGUUUUGGUAUGCUGACAACGUACUUCUGUACAGACUACAAAGAAUUAGGGAAGGUUGUAGCAGAUGCCACAUUUUUAUUGUGUCUAAAUGCCCUGGGAAUUUAUUUGAGACUCAUGAACGAGGUGACCGUCAGAAAAAGCUUUUUGGACAGACGAGAUUUCAUUACAUCAACGCACCAACUUAGAUUUGAGAAAAAUCAGAUGGACCAAUUGAUGUCAAGCAUAAUUCCAAGAUACUUGAUAAAUAAGGUGGUCGAUAAUUACAUACAAAAGGAGUUGUUUUACGCAAAGAAUAAGCAAAUUCGAAGCAAAAACCCAUUCGAGGACAUGUCUUCGUUGCUAGAUGAACAUGAUAAUGUGACGAUUCUCUUCGCAGAUAUUGUAAAUUAUACGAAAAUGACUCAACAACUUAAUGUCACAGAUUUGCUGGAGACAUUGAAUGAGAUGUUUGGAAUGUUCGAUGAGUACUCAGAGGAGCUGAAAGUGAGCAGAAUAAAUUUUUAGGAGACUGCUACUACUGUGUGGCAGGGCUUCCACCAAAUUAUGCUGAUAAUCCUGCUGAAGCAUGCGUUGAUUUAGGAUUGGCUAUGAUUUCGGUUAUCGAAGGCGUAAGAAAACGACGUAAUCUGAAUAUCAACAUGAGAAUUGGCGUUCACACAGGUAAAAUUACAAGUGGCAUAAUUGGUACUGUGAAAUAUCAGUUUGAUAUUUGGUCCAAAGACGUAGACAUAGCCAAUAAAAUGGAAAGCUGUGGCAGUGCUGGGAAGGUUCACAUUACAAAUAAGACGAAGGAAUUGUUAACGAAGGAAUAUCACUUGAUGCCUACAAACAGAGGUGAAACAGAAGCUCAACUGCAGCAGUACAACUUGCAAACAUUUUUGAUUUCUCCUACUUACGAAUACGUCAAUGAGCACGCUCCACCCGAAACCAUCCAAAGUAAAACAUCUCCGAGAUCAUCAAUAUUCAAGAAAAUAAAAUCACUGCCCUCAGAUAUGGAUAGACUCCAGUUGAGCUUAAGAAAGAGUAAACGUCAGACUAGCUUAGAAGAAAUUAGCGAAAAGACCCCGGAAACUCUAAGUAUCAUUGAAAGAGGGAGAAAUUCUGCUGAUGGCAUAGAAAUGGGGGCCGAUCAAGCUGCCUAUAAGAGACGGUAUGGUAGCAAUCCAGCAAAGUCCUCUAGAGUGAGCGAAAGGCAAGCAUUGUCUGGAGUUAAACGAAGAACGGCUUUCAUGGAUAACAAUAUAAAAAGAUACGUAGAAAGAACUGAGGCUAUUAACAAAGAGAUGGAAGUAGCUAUAGAUGAAAUUUCGUUCUCAAAAUAUAGACAGUUCCUCAAAAUGGAAGACAUAUACAGCAUUUUCAUGCUUUUCAAAGAGAAACAACUAGAAUUGGAGUACAUACAAGCGCCCGACCCUUUAUUCAAGUACUCCCUUGCCAGCUCGUUUAUAUUGAUUCUGGGGAUAUACUUUAUGCAAAAAGUGUCACUCAAUGAACACAAAACCAUGCCAUUUUUCAUCGCUGCAGUAAGCGUCAACGCUAUUUUACUUCCAGUGGCUUGGACUCACUUCAUAUGGAACAGAUUUGUCACCAAUUUCAUCGAAAAACAAAUUGAAAAUAGACUCGUCAGAUGCAUAGUCAAAAUCUCGAAGAAGAUCUUGGAGAGCUUUUGCAUUAGACUAUUUGUAUAUACAUUGAUAGUAGCGCUUGCUUCUCUAUGCGUUAUACAUAAAUUAUUGUUCAACUGUAUACCCAGUAUUACUGAGGCCCUGGACGAUUUCAGAAAUGGAACUGGUAGAGAAAUAAAUUCUAAUUUAGAGAAGGACGAAUUCCAGGAAUGUUUGGUGUCUUGGCAAUUUACAGAGACUUAUGCUCUGCUAAUUGUGGUAACAUUCGUCUUCCUUAGGAUGUUUAUUUGGAUCAAAUUCAUGUAUUUUCUCAUACUUUGGUCUUUUUACGUCUACAGUACUAUCAAGCUGUCUCAUCUCCAGUAUAUGGAAGAUGAGACAAUAAACUACCGGGUAGACCCAAUUUUGGCACACGUUUUCGUAACAGGCGUGCUAACUCUGGCUUUGCAUCUGAUGGAUCGCCAAACAGACUAUAUGAAUAGAUUGGAUUUCUUGAUGAACAGAAAGGUUAGAACUGAGCAGGAAGAAGCUAAUGUUUUGAAACAUAUUAACGAAAAAUUGUUGAACAAUAUCCUGCCUGAGCAUGUAGCAAAUAUUUAUUUGGAUGUGAAUAGAGAGAUGCAUGACUUGUACUAUGAAGAACACUAUGAUGUAGCAGUUAUGUUCGCAUCCUUAAUAUUGGACAAGGAACUGUUGAACCUUCCGGAUAAAAAGUUCUUGGCUAUGAUGAACGAAUACAUAUCCUGCUUUGAUACCUUAACAAAGGGAAAAGAAUUUACAAGUAUAGAAAAGAUCAAGCUGGCGAAGUGGACAUACAUGGCUGCCUGCGGCUUGAAGGACAAAAAAGGGAAGGAGUUGAUAGAGAAACACGUGACCAGUUCUAGUUUACUGACCCUCCUCAACUUCGCGGAAGCAAUGUUUAAGACGUUGGAGAACGUUAAUAAAAUGAGAUGUCAGUCUACUCAGUUGAGAGUAGGUAUCUGCACAGGACCAGUGAUAGCAGGUGUCGUAGGGUCCAGAAAACCUCUGUACGACAUUUGGGGAGACGCUGUGAACAUGGCUUCCCGUAUGGACAGUACGGGCCUAGUGGGGCAUAUUCAAGUAAUGGAGAAAACAGCAGAAUUGAUUAGAAGGUGCGGAAUUGAGUGCAUGUACAGGGAAGAAAUCAUCGUGAAGGGUGUCAACGGGAAAGUGAGGACAUAUUUCGUUAAAAUGGACCAUACUCAUUCAUUGGUCAGAAGUGGGAUAAUGGAGUGAUUUUAUUUAAACAAAGAAGUCAUUUAUUAGAGACAUCUAAAAAAGCUCAAAAAUUGCUAGAACUGGUUUAUGACGAAACAUAGUUCGGUAUAUCGAAAGAGUACAAAGAAAAUUAUGGGUUUCGCCUAUAUCUAAAUGUAGUAAAACAUAGAGAAAAGCUGUAAAAUAACGAAAUAUGAAGUGAAAGACAUGCAAAAACAGACGAGGAUCGCUUUAGUAACACCUUGAAGGGUUUCCGAUUAUUUGUGCUUUUGUCACCAGCUGUUCGAUUGCAGUUUUUAGUUUGUUUAGAAAAAUUGUAUUUUCAUUUUUUCAAGGUUUUGCGUUUUAUUAGACGUUUGUCAAACUCAAACAAAAACUUGUUAUCAAUUUUCAGCAUUACAGGAACAGAAAGUUUUAAUAAAAUAAAUAGAAAGUUCUCGUGCAUGUAAUUCUUGAAAAAGUUGUUCAAAAAUAUUUAAACCAAAGUUUGAAAAGUGAUGAAGUGCAUAUCCAAUAGAAUCAUUUGACUGCAUAUACGUCAUGAGUCUUUUUAUAUUCUUGUUAUUUUUGAUAUGGAAAUUACAUUAAAUACCUGAACCCUUGUACUAGGUUUCCAGCUGGGCGGAAUAUGUACUCUGAC